AUGCUCGAGCAUGAAUCAACUUGCGAGGUCAAACAAACGUUGCAUUUUCCUCCCCCUGAAAAGAAAAUAGAGUUUAAACAUUUCGGGCGAGCGUACGGGCCAAGCCACACGUGUUACUACGAUUUCGAGUGCGCCUUGCAAAAGGAUAGGCCACAGGGCAUAAUCGAAGCACGUCACAGGGGCAUUGCAUAUGCGUACAUAAUCAUAGACCGUCGCUAUAAUAUCGUAGAAAAAGAUUUCUACCUCGGGCCUAAUUCUGCAACCCAUUUUGUUAAUAAACUAUCCUCCUCGUGGGCCAGAAUAACGCGAGAACAGCCAUAUUACCAUCUGCACAUGUCCAAUGAGCAAAUGGAAAGUUACAAGAGUCAGACCAUGUGCGAGAUAUGCGACGAACCUUUCGGGCCCAAAAUCGUCAAAAAUAGACACCACGACCAUUCACUGAGCGAACAUAAUUACUUAGCCGCCCUAUGCUCUCGCUGCAAUCUCCAGUGCAAAGAUGGCUACAAAUACUUGCACGCAUUUUCACAUAAUGCGGCGUAUGAUUUAGGGGUUUUGUUAAACGAGUUAGGAAACGUGCCCAAACGCAACGUAGACAUUAUGUCCAAAGACGGGUGUAAAUUUAUGAAAGUUGACAUUGACUUUCUUAGAUUUAUGGACAGCUUAGCCUUGCUCAAUGGGUCGUUGGCCAAAUUAGCCAAGGAACACAUCGACAGUGGCAAACCUACGACGUUCACUCUCGCCAUGUUAGAUAAGGUCCCUGCUGAGGCCCAUAAUUUAUUGUUAACUGGCAAACAGUCCUUUUGUUAUGAUUACGUGUCAAAUUGGGAUGUAUUAAAUGAACCGCGGCUCCCCCCCAGAGAUGCAUUUUUCAAUACCUUGACGCAGGAAGAGCUCCCUGAAAAAGAAUACAAACAAGCGUUGGAGGUAUUUAAAUUAGCCAAGUGCCGCAAUAUUGGCGAAUAUCUCGUCUUGUAUUUAAAAGUUGAUACUGGCAUUUUAGCAGACAUUUUCACGGUGUGGCGACGCACUAUGUUAGAUCUUUAUAGAUUAGAUAUUGCAUAUUACCUCUCUUUAUCUAGUUUCGCGUGGGACGCCUUCCUGUUCAAAAGUAAGGUGGUGCUAGAUCCAAUAUCAGACCCUAGAAUGUAUGACCUCAUUCGCAGGAAUUUAAGAGGAGGCUUCACCUCAGUUGUAAAGCAAUUGUCUACCGCCGAGAACCAUUACACCGGGGCGGGGUCUGGCGAGGAUGGAACCCACAUCCUCUAUCUAGACUUCAAUUCACUCUAUGCUACGUGCAUGAGUGAAAAGCUCCCCACUGGCGGUUUCCGUUGCCUAACUGACGCCGAACGCGAUGAAAUGCUAUUGCAGGGUUUGAGAAAUAUUGACUGCAAUCAAGAGCGCGGUUAUUGGAUUUUGUGCGACACUAAACAAGUUUCCCCCGACGUAGCUAGAUACACUGACGACCUGCCAUUAAUUUUAGCACACGCCGACAUCGUGACGGAACAACUGUCAGAAUACAGUAAGUCGAUCCUAGUUGCGGAAAAUCGCAAGCUGCCGCGCAAUAAUCGAAAACUCAUUGCCACCCACGAAGCACAACGCGACUAUUUAAUUAGUCUAGAUUUCCUUCAGCUUUUAAUGCGACUAGGGGUGGAAGUUUCGCGCGUGCACACUAUCUUUGAAUUUGAGCAGAGGGCACACCUCAAGUCCUUCGUAGAUAGUAAUAUUCGCGAGCGCACAAACUCGACCUGUGCAAUUAAGUCUAAGGCAUUUAAACUUGUAAAUAACGCUAUAUAUGGCAAAUCUUUAACGAAUUUGGAGCGUUAUGCCAAUAAAUACUAUUUAACCACAACUCGCAAACAGUUCCUCAAACACGCUCGCAGCCCGUUUUUCAAACGAGCGACUUUGCUGAGUGAGGACCGUGUCCUUUGCACGACCCGCAAAGAUUCGCUCACUAUUGAUACGCCCACAUAUCUAGGCUUUCAAAUUCUUCAAAUAGCUAAAAGGCGGCUAUAUUCCUUUUGGUACGACACGGUCAAAGCAAAAUAUGGUGACAAGGCAAAACUGCUCUACACCGACACUGACUCGUACAUUAUUCAGCUUACUUGCAGAGAUGCUUUUGAAGAGCUUAAUAAGGCCCCGCUCAUACGCCACAUUGAUUUUAGCAAUUUCCCCGAAGAUCAUUCUCUAUAUUCAAUCGCGCGAAAAGGCAAACUGGGUCUUUUAAAGUCCGAAGUAGGGUCUAAAAUUAUAACCCAGCUCGUUGCCCUUAAGCCCAAAAUGUACUCGCUAGUGACGCUGGAUAAACAGCACAUUUGCAGAUGCAAGGGGAUCACACGACGUCAGCAAGCUGGGCUAGAACACUCAUCUUUCAUAGACGCCCUUGAAACAAACACAAGUCGGAGGUUUGUGACUAGGACUAUUAGAAAUGUUGGCGGGCAAAUGUGCACAUGCGUUACUGUCAAGAGAGGCUUAUCCGCGUUUGAUGAUAAGCGAUACGUAAUAAGCCCCACUGUUUCACUCGCUUAUGGUCACCCCGAUAUUCCACACGAUCCAGAGGAUGAGGAGGCAGUCAUUAGUGACUUAGAGAUGGAUGUGGACGCGCAGGAAAAUGUGGAACAAAAUAUACGCCCUGCAGGACGGCGUCAUUACCCAAUUUUCAAUAUGUGGGCCAAGAGAGAUUCAUUGGCCCAAAACCUAUUCCCAAACUUGCUGUGA